AUGCCACCCAAACGAUGGAAUGCUCCUUCCAUGAUGAGCCCUGCAGAGACGAUCAAGGAGGCUCUUGUCCGUUACAUCAAGAAGGAGAUUGAGGACAACAACUUUCUUGGCCUUGUCGGUGAGGAGUUGGACAACAUGGCGAACAUGCUGGCGACAUGUGGCUCUAAGCGGGAGGUGUUUGACUGGUGUGAGACACUUAUGAUCGGGGAGGCCGUUGCGGCAGAGGUGACAAAGCGACGUGUCGAUCGAGGGCCUCCCUUUGAUGACACCCCUGCUGCGCCCACAAUGUCUGCCCCAGAGGGGAGGAGUGCGGAUGGAAAUAGAGGUAAGGGACGACAGCUGGCGGCAACAGGGAGGAAAGCUGGGAAAAGGAAAGGCACGUUGUUAUCAAAAGCUGCCGAUAAAAGUGGCGCCGCUGCGUUGAAACCAGGAUUUGUUGAAUGCGGUUGUUUUGCCACAACACACGCUUUCCGCGGGAACUGUGCCAACUGUGGACGCAUCAUAUGUGAACAGGAAUCGAAUGAGAAAUGUUACUUCUGUGGGUUGGACCCAUCAACGUGUGUGGCGUAUGAAAUCAAGGUACAGGAGGGCCUCAUAGGUGCAGCCGCGGUAGCGAAAAAUCAAGAGGAAUACGAGGCAUCCGUGAGGAAGCGGGAUGAGCUCUUGCACUACGCAGAGACACGUGCUAAACGUACAAAGGUGAUUGACGAUCAGACAGCCGUCUUUUUAUCACCGAAGAAUGCGUGGAUGUCACCAAAGGAACGCCAAAAGGCAGAUGAGGACGAAGCGCUUGCAGAACGGCGUCGCAAAGUGGCCGCAAUGCACCGCGCCAAGGGGGCGUAUAGGGUUCACUUGGAUAUCAUGAACCAAAACGUAUCACUCGGCUGCCCAGAAGGUCCAGCGGUGGAGUCGAAUGGUCUUGCCUCCUCUGAGUCGUCUGUUAGCUGUUGCGCUGAAGACGAAGACGACGGCGAAUACAACGUUGAGGAAGCACGGGCAUUACCACUCCCCUCUCUCAUGCAAAAAAUAUGGUAUAGUCUGGAUGGCAGUGUUGAGAAACCCUCCACGGCGAGUAGCACCUGCGUCACAAACAGAGAGGAGUCACCGGUGAAAAAACCCACAGGACGUCGUGUGGUAGAACUGUCGCGUCGCGUUCAGGUCAAUUACUACGAAGACGACGCGCAUUUAUUUCUGGAGGCGCAGAAAGAACGACAGGAGGAGCAUUCUCAGGUUGAAUCGGAUGGUCUUGAUGCGGCGCGUGGCGGUGCGGAUGCGGAGGAAUCAACCAUAGACGAGACGAAUGUGGCGACGACAGGGGAGACUGCCGUGGUGGCAGACAUGUCAACUGGUGUGUCCACCCGUUUUACACCUUCACUCACGAUGCGCAUAAAUGAUGACGGUAUCUGCCUAUCAAUGCAUCAGCCAUGGGCAGGGCUACUUGUGAGUGGCAUCAAGUUCCACGAGGGACGUGUGUGGCAUACAGAUUAUAGGGGUCGUCUUUGGAUCCACGCGGCCUCGACACAGCCACACGAUAUUAAAGAAGUAGAGGAACACUACUCAAAGUUUAUGAAACCGACUCAACAAUUUCCAAAACAUUAUCCUACACGCGUGUUGCUGGGAUAUGUUUACCUGGUGGAGUGUCUGGACCGUGACACGUACCGUGAGAUGUUCACUGAAGAAGAAAUACAAGUAGACUCACCGUUUACGUUCAUCUGUGCGGAAGCCAAGGCGCUGCCUUUUCCAUUGCCCAUGAACGGUGAUCAUAAGUUAUUUCGUAUGGAUCACAAAGUGCACACUGCCGCGCGAAAGCAACUUUUGGAGAUUAUGUAA